AUGAGUACCAACUCGAUAAAGCUCCUGACUGGCAGCAGCCACCCUCAGCUGGCUGAGCUGGUCGCUAGCCGUCUGGGAAUCGAGCUGGCCAAGAUCAUGGUCCUCCAGUACUCCAACAACGAGUCGAGCAUCAGCAUCGGAGAGUCGGUUCGUGACGAAGAUGUCUUCGUGCUGCAAUCAACUGCCCCCGGCGACAUCAACGACGGAGUCAUGGAGCUGCUCAUUAUGAUUAACGCUUGCAAGACCGCUUCUGCCCGUCGCAUCACCGCCGUCCUUCCCAACUUCCCCUACGCUCGCCAGGACAAGAAGGACAAAUCGCGUGCCCCCAUUACCGCCCGUUUGAUGGCUAACAUGCUUCAAACUGCUGGCUGCAACCACGUCAUCACCAUGGACCUCCACGCUUCGCAGAUCCAGGGAUUCUUCAACGUUCCCGUCGACAACCUCUACGCCGAACCCAGCACCCUUCGUUGGAUUCGUGACAACCUGAAGGUUCAGGACUGUGUCAUCGUCUCCCCCGACGCUGGCGGUGCCAAGAGAGCCACUUCAAUCGCCGACGGCCUCGACCUUGGCUUUGCCCUCAUCCACAAGGAGCGCGCUCGUCCUAAUGAGGUCUCCCGUAUGGUUUUGGUCGGUGAUGUUCGCGGCAAGGUUGCCAUCAUCGUCGACGACAUGGCUGACACUUGCGGCACCCUCUGCAAGGCCGCUGAGGUCGUCAUCGACCACGGUGCCAGCAGUGCUAUUGCCAUUGUCACCCACGGUAUUCUGUCUGGCAACGCUAUUGAACAGCUCAACAAGUCCAAGUUGACCAAGCUCGUUGUCACCAAUACUGUCCCCCACGAGGAGAAGAAGGCUCUGUGCGACCGCAUUGAGACCAUUGACAUCUCUCCCACUCUGGCCGAAGCUUGCCGCCGUACCCACAACGGCGAGUCUGUUUCGUUCCUCUUCAAGCACGCUCCCGUCGACUAG